AGGGCCUGGCAGCUAGCAAGAUGGCGCAGACUCAGGACACCAAGAGGAAAGUCUGUUACUACUACGACGGGGAUGUUGGAAACUACUAUUAUGGACAAGGCCACCCAGUGAAGCCUCACCGAAUCCGCAUGACUCACAAUUUGCUGCUGAACUAUGGUCUCUACCGAAAAAUGGAAAUUUAUCGUCCUCAUAAAGCCAAUGCUGAGGAGAUGACAAAAUACCACAGUGAUGACUACAUUAAAUUCUUGCGUUCCAUUCGCCCAGAUAACAUGUCUGAGUACAGCGAGCAAAUGCAGAGAUUCAACGUUGGUGAGGACUGUCCAGUAUUUGAUGGCCUGUUUGAGUUCUGUCAGUUGUCUACUGGUGGCUCUGUAGCAAGUGCUGUGAAACUUAAUAAGCAGCACGACAUCGCUGUGAACUGGGCUGGAGCCCUGCAUCAUGCGAAGAAGUCUGAAGCAUCUGGCUUCUGUUACGUCAGUGACAUCGUCUUGGCCAUCCUGGAACUGCUAAAGUAUCACCAGAGGGUGCCGUAUAUUGACAUUGAUAUUCACCAUGGCGAUGGUGUGGAAGAGGCCUUCUAUACCACAGACCGGGUCAUGACUGUGUCUUUUCAUAAAUACGGAGAGUACUUCCCAGGAACUGGAGACCUACAGGAUAUUGGGGCUGGCAAAGGAAAGUACUAUGCUGUUAACUACCCGCUGCGAGAUGGGAUCGAUGAUGAGUCCUAUGAAGCCAUCUUCAAGCCAGUCAUGUCCUAAGUGAUGGAGAUGUUCCAGCCUAGUGCAGUGGUCUUACAGUGUGGCUCAGACUCCCUGUCUGGGGAUAGGUUAGGCUGCUUCAAUCUCACCAUCAGAGAGCAUGCCAAGUGUGUGGAGUUUGUCAAGAGUUUCAACUUGCCUAUGCUAAUGCUGGGAGGAGGUGGCUAUACCAUCCGUAAUGUGGCUCGGUGCUGGACUUACGAAACAGCUGUGGCCCUGGACACAGAGAUCCCUAAUGAGCUACCAUACAAUGACUACUUUGAAUACUUUGGACCGGAUUUCAAGCUUCACAUCAGCCCUUCCAAUAUGACUAACCAGAACACUAAUGAGUACCUGGAAAAGAUCAAGCAGCGACUUUUUGAGAACUUGAGAAUGCUGCCCCAUGCACCUGGGGUCCAGAUGCAGGCCAUACCUGAAGAUGCCAUCCCAGAGGAGAGUGGCGAUGAAGAUGCAGAAGACCCUGACAAACACAUCUCCAUCUGCUCCUCUGACAAACGAAUUGCCUGUGAGGAAGAAUUCUCUGAUUCAGAUGAGGAGGGAGAAGGUGGUCGCAAGAACUCAUCUAACUUCAAAAAAGCCAAAAGAGUGAAAACAGAAGAUGAAAAAGAGAAAGAUCCAGAAGAAAAAAAAGAAGUCACAGAAGAGGAGAAAAUCAAGGAGGAGAAGCCAGAAGUCAAAGGGGUCAAAGAAGAGGUCAAGUUGGCCUGA